GUUUCGGUUGGAGCUGCUACUUGAGAAGUGGCGGAUAGAGUUCGCCACUGAUCGAUUACCCAUUUAGCCAUAACCGAACACACUCUAAUGUUUUGACGUUUUUUGGUUAGGCCAACGUGAGGCCAAUUUCGUCAUGUCAAAAUAGUUUGUGAAUUGAUAAAUUGUUUUUAAGUCUUGCAGGAAUAAUUCGUAUUCUAUCAAAUAUUUGUUGUGCUGUGGUUGCUUCUAGACCAGUUUAGAAAGGCUGUUAAACCGAAAGCAAGAUGGCCUCCAGUAUGCGUGGAAGUGGAACUUUCAUAACUGGGAUAGAUAUCUUUGAUGAAAAGGAGCAGGGAAAACUUGCUGAACGUGCCAAAAGAUUUGCAUUAAAACCGGAGGAUAUUCACAGUUUUACUGAUCAGGACUUGCAAGAUUUGUACGACAGCCUCGGAGUGAAUACCGCUAAUGAAAGCGAAGUGAAAUUCAAGUCUAUCCAUCUGUUUGGAUUAGAAGACAUGACUGUUGAGGAUAUAGUAGAAUAUUUUGCCAGUUACUCCCCUGAAGGCAUAGAAUGGGUGGAUUCCAACAGUUGUAAUGUCGUUUGGCUGGAUAGCCUGUCAGCAGCCAGAGCCUUACAUUUCAAAUCGAAAGUGAUCAUCGGCAUGCCUGCUAGAGAACCGAGAGAUACUUUCCCGAAGGAUUUUAUAGAUGACAUUGAUGAGUUGGAAACAGGGCAAAGCAUUUUGUUAAAGAAUCGCGAUGUCGAAAUGCAAGAUGAAUUAGGCAAAGUUUUUUUGCCAAAACCUAAACCAGAAAACGCUGUGGACAUAUCGGAAAUAACGAUUCCCAUUCCCCCAGGAUAUUGGCGCUUGGCAAAUGCUCAUCCAAGAACUAAAUGCAUGCUAGUACGAUUUGGGAGAGUUACUGAUAAGCUGCCGUUUAAAUCAGAGAAAUGCAGUAAAUAUUACAAACGCUUAACAAGCCAGAAGAACUUUAUUCCAGAAUCAAAGAAGAAGGAACUGAAGACCAUUUUCGAGCGCAACAAAGAUUUAGUAGCUCCCCCCAGUAAAAAUCCUUGGGGAUCUUUAGCACGCAAUUGGGAUGAAGAUUCUCAAUUUCGAGAAAAGGAACCAGUAGUUUAUCAGUUGUCUGAUGACGAUGAUGAAGUAGUGGAGGUCAAGAGUUCAAAACUUUUAUCGCGACUGGGGACAAAAAGGAAAGUCAUUGAAAAAAAUUCAAAACCUGCGAACAGCUUACACGCUGAUGAUGAGUCUGAAAAAAAGCGCACCAAAGUGCCUAGAAUGAAAAUGUAUGCUGACGAGGAAGAGGAAAAUCAGAAGCGUAGGCGAAUACUAAUGAAAAUCCAGAACCAAAAAGACCAAAUAGAUAAAAGGGAACGAGAGCGAGAUUUGAGAGAUAUAUUAGGCCACACAAACAGCAAGUUGAUCUCGAAAAAAGACAUUGAUCAUAAUGUUGAUUUGGGAACCAAAUUAAAGAACAGAAACAAACGGAUGGUGUUUGCUGUGGACCGCAGCCCCUUUGAGCAUUUAGACUACCUAUAUCCUGAUGAUCGAAACGCAUUGGUUGACGCCAGAAGAGACUUGAUGAGUGAUAGAAGAGAGUUUAUCACUGAUAGAAGAGAUAUGAUUAAUGAAAGAAGGGAUUUGCUCAAAGACAGAAUAGAGCUCAGGAGCAGAGAUAGGGAAUCUAGCGGUAGGCAUCGAUCCGUAUUGAUUAAGCCUGCCAGCGAAGUCAUCGAUGGACAUAAGAGUCAUAGAUCAAGCAGAAGGAGAACUCCAGAAAGAACUAUGCAUAGCGAUAGAAUGCAUUCUAGUAAACCAGUACUGCAGGGGCGAAGACGGCGGAAAAGUCGUAGUAGUGAAAAGCCGAGAAGUAAAGUGUCGGUAGUGGUGAGAACCCCGAAGAAGCCCACGGUUGCGUCAACAGUUUGGUCCAAAGUGUCUGCCAAAUCUAGCCCAAGUGGAAAGAGCACCAGCAAAAGUGAAUCAGACGAAUCAAAUAGCUCUAGCAAUGAUAGUUCCGGUAGCAGCAGCGGAAGUGACUCUGACUCAGAAGAGUCAGAUGGGGACAGCAGUUCUUCGCACUCAUCCACAACGAGGACUGCGAGGAAUCCAGAUAGACCUGGGUUUGAUAAGCGCAGACUGAGUCGGAAAAUUAUGCACAAAAGCCCCCUGAAAAUUACGACCACUAAUGAAUUGUACACUCGAAAGCGACAACAUAGAUUUUAAUUAUUUUAGAGUCUUCAAGAGCCAAUUUGGGUAGUUUUUAUGCAUGUAAUGGGAAUUUCUACGUAAUCAUAAUUGUCUCAUUAAUCAUGCAAUAAAAUGUAAAUUGGUGUGAA